AGUGCUUUUUUGAAUUAUCCGAAUGGCCUUUCCGGCGGUGCUAGAUGGUCCAGUCCACUGCAACCAAACUGCGGUUUAACCCUUAACUCCGAAAAGCAAGUCAGCAGGAAAAUGUCAUCUAUUCUUGGCCUGCGGCAAAGCAGCACCAGGGAUAUUGGCGAAAUAAUCCUUUUAAAAGAACACGGCCCUUCCGCCCAUUCCCCUUCACGUUCACCCCCAUUUUUUAAUAUUCCCCCAGUUUGUCUUAUUCACGUCGCGGUCAUGACUAUUUCAUCGACUCUUGUGAUCCGUCAAAUCGAACGGCCACCGCACUUGACCGUCGCCGAGUUCGCAUACGGAUACAUUCCGUCAGAGUCCAUUGCGAUCAUCUUCAUCGCAUUAUUUGGAGUCAGCACAGCUCUUCACACCGCCCAAGCUGUCUACUUCCGCCUGUGGUGGCUGCUACCCACGGCCGUCCUCUGCGGCAUCGGCGAGAUUAUUGGGUGGGGUGCCCGCCUUUGGAGUGCAACAUCACCAAAUGCGACCGAGCCAUUUAGGAUGCAGAUAUCGGCAACAAUCAUCGCUCCGACUCCAUUGCUGGCCGCGAGUUUCAUAAUAUUCUCGCAAGUCAUCGUGCAGCUGGGACCUGCCUAUUCUUUGAUCCCCCCUCGCUGGUAUGCCUGGGUUUUCGUCCCGUGCGACGCCGUCGCUCUCGUUGUUCAAGGUGUCGGAGGUGGCAUUGCUGCUGCAGCGCAGGACCGCGUCGCUGCUCAACGCGGCGCAAACAUCAUGCUCGGCGGUAUUGGCUUCCAGUUUGCCGUCAUCGUCCUUUUCAGCCUUCUUGCAGCCGACUUCGUCGUGCGGUACCUGUGCAACGCGCCAUGGCGGUCUACAGCUCUCCCGGGUGGCAUCUCUAAUAGCCCGACGCGGGGCCCGCUUACCCGCCGUCUGGCCGCCGUCCUCGCCGCCCUCGGAUUUUCGACCACUGUCCUGUUUAUCCGCUCGGUCUACCGCAUGAUCGAGCUCGCCGGCGGCUGGCACGGCCGCGUCAUCCGCACCGAGCUCUACUUCAACGUCCUCGACGGCGCCAUGAUCGUGCUCGCCAUAUUCACGUGGAAUUUCGUCCAUCCCGGCUGGUUCUUAUCGGGGUCGCUUGCCGCCGGGGGAGACGGGCGCCGGUCGAAUGAGCAUAAGGGACUGGUCAUGGCGAUGCGCUCGGACACCAAGGCGGACGACGCGGACUGCGAGAGCCACUGGCAUCACUAG